AUGGCACUCAAGACCGAAGUUAGUCUGAAACUGCCCUCUCGCGAAAAUUUGGUUUGCGUUGACUGUAAAAUUGAUCCAUUCAAUACGCGCGAUCCAAUAGUAAAAUCAGUAUAUCACUAUCAAAUUUUAACAUGCAGAUUGAUAAUUCACACUGUAAGAAACUGUAUAGCUUCACCAUCCAUACAGAAAGCCCAUAAUAAAAUAUAUGUCAUUGUUAGCAAACAAUUUUUCAACACUGGUAGAUUACAAAAACACUUGCACGAUCUUAGAAUAGAGUUCGACCUUUCAGAGACGGUUGAUGAAAAAAUUUACCAAACAUGUUUGAAAUAUACUUUUGCAUUUAAGUUAGCACCUCAUUGGAAUUUGAUUGCAAGAUCGUGCUAUUUGAAAGGAUCAGACUUUUUAUCACUGCCAUCGGGGAUUGAUGCGAUGACAUGGAACAUAUUAUUUGAUACUGAUGGCAAUAGCAGACUUGAAUUAUCACCUACAAAAGUAAAUUUACAGCCAUUGUCACUAGAAUCUUUACCAGUUGCACAAAAUAUAUUAGAAAAUUUCAAAUCUAAUCCUAAUUCUACUAUUGUAACAAUUGAUUUAAGUUUAUUCAACACUUCUGAUGUGUAUGUGUUACCUAAACUAACAAGAGGAAAAUUAGUAUCUGUAUCAAAAACUAUUCCAAGUAGCUGUCCCUUUUCAACUUAUCAAGAUCUACGUAGACAUUGGAAAAAUAUGUAUGCAUUUCGGCUACCAAAAACUGACAAGGAUAUGCUCUUUUACGAAGUCGUUUUUCCGAUGAGUAAAGACCAACCAUUCACUUAUCCUGAAAUGUGUAUCUUGUCUAAACUACCUGAAUACCUCAUGUGUGAAAAUAAAGAUGACGUAUCAAAAAGAUUCAUCAAAGAUUUCGCCGAAUCAAUUCAUUCGAUUUGUGGCGAAGUGAUAAAAAUUAAUAAUUCUUCUCGACAAGAAAAAGAAUACUCGCGUGUGAUAACUAAAAGGGUAAAUAAUUAUAAUACCGUGGAUUGUUAUGAAUUGAGUAGUAAUUUUUUUACUCCAACUGAGGAUAAAUUAAAUAAUAACUCAUUAGAUUAUUUAUCAUCAAUAUUCAGUCUUAACAAAACAAUGAAUAACUUUAGUUCGCAGGAACCUCGUUUAACUUUUCAGAAUCAAAAAAAAUCACAAAAACGAAAAAAAGAGAAUAAGUUUGAACAUUUUUCACUCUUACCCGAUUUUAUGUUAUCCCGCUCUGGUGAGAACGAUGAAAAAUUAUUGACGCUUAAUAAUUCUUGGAGUGAAAAAAAAAUACCUUCUUUUAAUGAAGAAAUAAUAUCAUAUUAUGAUUUACCUAACAAAAAUGCUAAUAAUUCUGAUGAUGAUGAUUCAGAUACAAAUCAGAAUAUGUUUAAUGAUAAUAAAAGUGUAGCUAUUGAAUCUUUUAUAGAUGAGUAUAAACAGAUAACUGAAAAUUUUAAAAAAAAUGUUGAUCCAAAAACUAUUAGAAGUUUAGAAAACGUUUCGUUGGACUGGAAAAAUUUGAAAAAAAUUCGAAACCAUUACAAGCAACAAUAUUCAAAUUCAAAAAUAUCAAGUUCCAGAAAUCAACCACCGCAAGUAACUGAUAUUCGAGUAAAGAACAAGUUGUCAAUUACGAAACAAAAAUGUUCAAAAAGUAACAAAAAUAAAACUCAAGAUGAAGAUGAUUUUUUGAAUUUGAAUCGUUUCAAUAGUAGUAAUUCUGUGCAAGAUGAUUUCAAAACUAUUUCAAUGAAUAUGUCACCCCCGUCACCUGAAGUAGUACUUAAUUUAGAGGAAAAAGAUGAAAAAAUGAAUUAUUUCAAAAAUUCAAGUACACAAAAAAUACUUUCCAUUUCCAAUAACGACAUCGUUUUAAAUGAUAAAGAUUCAAAAAAUGUUUUGGAAAGUAAGACAUAUGGGCCAGAGAAAAAAUUGGUUUUUCCAAUCAAUUUUCAGAAAACUAAUGAAUUCGAAAACCUUGUUUUAAAAAAGUCCAUCCUUUCUAAUGUGAAAGAUACUCAAGAACCCAAACUGCAGGCAAUAGAGCAAGAUUUAAAUUCAUGCAAACAACGUUGGCAGAUCAUGAAAAAUCGCAUAGUUCAGGAAACCAAUGAUGAAAAAAGCCAAUUUUCUCAAAAUAAAAAAUGUACAAACUUAUCACAUAAUACAGACAGUUUGCAAUACAAUAUUGUAAAAGAAAUCAACGAGGAACUUUUCUGCUCAGAAGAUAUAAUUCAAAAUGAACAUGAAUCAUUGAAAGUGGAUUGCAAUACUAAGAACAACUGCAGUUUUGAGAACAUUCUUUCUCAAUCUUCAAAUGAGUCAGAAUCUGGCAAGUAUGAAAAUUAUAAACAACAUUAUACUGAAGCUUUGACAUUUGAUCCAGCUAAUAAUUAUAAUGAUUAAAUUGACUAAGUAAGAAAUUGUAUUGAAAAAAUUAAAAUUUUAA